AUGAGGGCAGCUCUCGCCCCCGGUAUCCGACUGCUUCGUGCCCUGCCCCGGGACAGCCGGUACCGGGGGCUGACACUGGUGCUGACCUUCCUCUGCUACACCAGCUACCACCUCUCCAGAAAGCCGAUCAGCAUUGUCAAGAGCCAACUGCACCCCAAUUGUUCAGCCUUGGGCCCAAACCCCCACAAUGACUCCAACAGCAGCACGUGGUGCAGCUGGGCACCCUUUGAUGGGGACAACUACAAGGAGCUUUUUGGUGCACUGGACAAUGCCUUCCUGGUGGCCUACGCCAUUGGCAUGUUCAUCAGUGGCAUCUUUGGGGAGCGCCUCCCCCUGCGGUACUACCUGUCAGGGGGCAUGGUGCUGAGUGGCCUCUUCACUCUGCUCUUCGGCCUCGGCUACUUCUGGCGCAUCCAUGUCCUCUGGUACUUCAUCGUCAUGCAGGUGUGCAAUGGGCUGGUGCAGACGACUGGCUGGCCUUCUGUCGUGACCUGUGUUGGGAACUGGUUCGGGAAGGGCAAGAGAGGAUUGAUCAUGGGCAUCUGGAACUCACACACCUCUGUUGGCAACAUCUUGGGGUCUCUCAUCGCUGGGGUCUGGGUGUCCUCUGCCUGGGGCCUGUCCUUCAUCGUGCCUGGCAUCAUCAUUGCUGCCGUGGGCAUCCUCUGCUUCUUCUUCCUUGUGGAGUAUCCUGAGGACGUUGGCUGCAGUCCUCCUCUGCAUCACAUGGCCUCUGAUGAGGAUCCUGGAGGGGUGACCUGCAGCGAGAAGGAUCCUGAAGGGAUCACCUCCAACGAGGGGCCACUGAGCAUCUCGGGCCAGAGCAGCAGGGAUCACCUCAACAUCCCCAAGGAGCCAGCUGAGGAGCCUGAGGCCAUCAGCUUUCUGGGGGCACUCCGGAUACCUGGCGUGGUGGAGUUCUCCCUGUGCCUGCUCUUUGCCAAGCUGGUGAGCUACACCUUCCUCUACUGGCUGCCCCUCUAUAUCGUCAACGUCGCUCACUUUGGGGCCAAGGAAGCCGGGGACCUGUCGACCCUCUUUGACGCUGGGGGCAUUUUAGGAGGCAUCUUUGCUGGCCUCAUCUCUGACUACACUGGUGGCAGGGCCACCACGUGCUGCGUGAUGCUGGUGGUCGCUGCUCCCAUGCUGUUCCUGUACAACCACAUUGGACAGAACGGCAUCAGCACCUCCAUAGCGAUGCUGGUGGUCUGCGGCGCGCUGGUGAACGGCCCCUACGCGCUCAUCACCACCGCCGUGUCGGCAGACCUGGGAACCCAUGAGUCUCUCAAAGGAAAUGCCAAAGCCCUCUCCACUGUCACAGCCAUCAUUGAUGGCACAGGGUCCAUAGGUGCUGCGCUGGGGCCGCUGCUGGCAGGGCUCAUCUCCCCCACAGGCUGGAACAAUGUCUUCUACAUGCUGAUAGCAGCUGAUGUCUUGGCCUGCCUGCUCCUCACUCGUGUGGUGGUCAAAGAGUUCCGUGGGUGGUGCGGCCCCAUGGCACGGCAGAGAGGCUCUAGUGUGCAGCUAACAGAGUCAGUGCUGGAUGGGAAGUAGCUUGGUGUGACAGCAAUAGUCUGGGCUCUGCUGCGG